CCAAAGCUGGUUUUUCCUCAACAACUGCAUGAAAAGCUCUGAAGUAGAUAAACAUGAACGGCGAGUGGGGAUGAUUUCAAGUUGAAUCCGGCAAUUCAUAUCGCGUUACGCAUGUAUGAUGAUUUUUUAGUUGGAAGGUCAAAAUCUAUUGCAUUAAGCAGUUUGUGAUUUUUUACUCAUUGAGUUUGUGUUAUGAUCAUUAUUCUGUAACAACAAACACCAGCUCGAAUGAUGUGUAAAGUGAAAAGCGUGAAUUGUUUGCUGUUGUUGGCCGCUUUUAUCAAUGAAGCUUUGUGCAUUGCAGAUUAUUCAAUACCGACCCCAGUAUCACACCGAAUAAGGAAAAGAGCAAUUUGCCCUUCAACCAGUGAAUGCAUCCCGUUGAGAUCCUGUCCAGUUUUGUCCACCAUAUUGGACAACCAAUGUGUCCUGGAGGAUAAAUUAACUGAAAUAAGUUGCGGAUACAAAGGAUCUGGACUAGUUUGUUGUCCGCAGCCAGAAAGCAACUCGAUCAAUCGAGUGGGAUCGUCCAAUCCAGGCAAAUUUGUUGAAGGAAUAAAAUGCGGACAAUCGCAAGUGGAAGGAGAUGGAUAUGACGGAAUUGGCGCUUAUCCCUGGGUUGUGCGGAUUGGCUUUCGAAAUGUUUUAACCGGCGAGACGAAAUUUCCAUGCACUGGAUCAAUAAUCAGCAGCAAGGUGGUGUUGACUGCUGCUCACUGUCCGUUGGCGAAGGCCGAAAAUUACAAACUAUCCAUUGUGAGGGCUGGCGAAUGGGCCACCGAUACGGACAUUGAUUGCGGCGAAGAGUUCUGCGGCCUUCCAGUCCAGGACAUUCCAAUUAGUCACGUUAUCGUCCAUCCGGGGUAUGAGAAGGGCACUUACCGGCACAACAUUGCCUUACUAGUGCUCAAAACCAAAAUAAAGUAUGGAGUAACGGCGCAGCCAAUUUGCCUGCCGGAAUCGUGGUCAGUCACUAGCAACAAUGGGAUUCUUGUCGGCUGGGGCAAAACAGCCGGCCAAACAGAAACGCCACUUCAACAGCAGAAUUUAUUCCUGCCGAUUGUGAGCUUGGGCCAAUGCGAGCGAGUUUAUGGAAAAACGCUACCAAUUUCCGAAGAGCAGGUAUGCGCAGGAGGUGAAAGAGAACAGGAUGCUUGCAGCGGCUUUGGAGGCGCUCCACUCCUUGUUAGGCACAGCGAGACUUACUAUCAGGUGGGGAUUUUAUCGUUUGGCUCAGACCAAUGUGGAGCUGCAGGCGUUCCAAGCGUCUACACUAAUACGAAGAAAUACAUCACUUGGAUCAGGGAAAACUCUCCCCAACUCAUAUGAAUAUUGCUGAGCUUUACGGGGUUAACUGUUUAGAAAAGGGCAUUUUAUUCAAUAUCAAACACUACACAGAUA